GUUUGUGGUGUACUUAUAAUUUUAGAAGUGAUUUUUAAUUACACGUAGUCUCGUUACCGGAAUUAUUUACUGUUUGCCAGCCGAAUAAUGUCGGAGUGUGAAAACAAGAAAAUAUUGUGUCUAUUCGAUGUCGAUGGAACGUUAACUAAGCCAAGAAACUCCAUUGAAGAUGAUUUGUACACCUUUUUACAGGAAAAGCUAAAACCAAAGUGCUCCAUAGGUUUAGUGGGUGGAUCUGAUUUUAAAAAAAUUGCGGAACAAAUGAAAGGCGACGAUGUGAUUAAAGUCUUUGAUUACGUCUUCCCGGAAAACGGACUUCUCCAAUACAAAAAAGGCGUCGAAGUAGGCAGACAGAGCAUCCAAAAUCAUGUAGGAGAAGACAAACUGCAAGGGUUAAUUAACUACGCGCUGGCCUAUUUAUCCACAAUUAAGUUACCCGUGAAAAGGGGCACCUUCAUCGAAUUCCGAACGGGCAUGCUGAACAUAUCACCGAUAGGAAGAUCCUGUUCCCAGCAAGAAAGAGACCAAUUCGAAAUGUACGAUAAGAAACACGAAGUGAGAAAAACCAUGAUCAAUAAUCUAAGGAAAGAAUUUGCAGACUUGGGCCUAACGUACAGUAUCGGUGGGCAAAUCAGUUUCGAUGUAUUUCCUAAUGGUUGGGACAAAACGUACUGCUUAAACUUCCUGGAAGCAGAAGGCUUUGAUAAAAUUCACUUUUUCGGAGACAAGACUGACAAGGGGGGCAAUGAUUAUGAAAUUUAUAAUGAUAAGAGAGUCCUGGGGUACAAAGUCACUGGCCCAUUGGAUACCAAAAAACAAUUAGAGGAUCUAUUUCAUAUAUAAACAUUUUUUAAACAAAUUUUCGAAUGAAUCGAUCAAGGAUAAUCGUAUAAUUUAAUACCAAAUACCAGGUACAAGAAAAUAAGAAGAAAAAGUACUUCAAGUUGUAUAAAUAAAUUUUUCACCAAUUUUAAAUGCCUGUUUCUAUAAAUAUGAACAUAUUUAAUAUUUCUU